AUGAACAACAGGCCUGUCGAUCAGGCACUGGCCACUCUGCUGCCCACGCAUGCCCAAGAUCUCCCGCAAGAGCUUCGGAGCCUUGCCUUAUCUUUCGUGGCGCAGUCACGAAGUUCCUCUUCAAGCUUGAGACCGGAUGAAGAAAUCGCGCGUCCGUUUGCUUGCGCCGAAUUGGCUUGCAGAAGGCUCGCGCGUACGCUCAAUCUACCUCCACUACUCGGCCACCCGCCCUGCCCUCCAAAAACCUACAAAAAGCUAUACUCAUUCCUUGAGCGAUCGUUAAAUCUGGCGAGUCCAAGACGUACAGAAAGUGCUUCAGCCUCGGGAACACCGAACCGCUCAGGAUCCGCGCCUUCAACGCCGACGAAACAAUCAAGGGUUGUACGGAGCCCAUCAAAGGCUGCGGCGACGCCGCGCGGGUUAGAGAACACCCCCAGUAAACCAACUCCUCUGAAGAGAGCAUACACGAAUGACAAUGAGUCGCGUACUCUGCAACGACCGAACAAAAUACAUAAUGAAAGCCACUUGACCUCGACCAAGAUUCCCGAUGCACCGUCUUGGGUGAUGACUUCCAUCCGGACGGUGUGCAAAACAUUAUCGACUCCAGCACCACGAAUGAGCACAUGGUCUAGGCCGCCAAUCUCAAGGACCCUCCCUCCACAUAUCUUCGCGGGUGUAUCGUCAAUACUUCACUUGGUCGACGGUAAGAAUGACUUCGACGAAGACGCAAUGGACUUCUUAGUGCCGGUUCUAAACGCCAAGGACAGAGAAAAGGACGAUGACUUCAAGGAAGUUGUCAACGCCCUAGUGGUAGCGGUCUAUUUCCUGGUUCUCGCCCGCCGACGCCAACCAGCCGAGUCCUCGACAGACACUCAACAAGAAGACACCAGGAAAAUGGACAAGAAGACCUUCACCGAGAUGCGCCAGACCGCACUCAUGAGCCUCGGUCUCCCUCAUUCUGAGCGCCGACACCGCGAAGACGUUGACCAGUGGAUCGCGCUCAUCAUGGAACAGGACUGGGCUCAUGGCAAGGAGUGGUUUGAGAACAUUCCGCUAGCAGGAGAUAUAGACGGUGACAAUGAAGCUCUUUCCGAUGACGCCGGAAACGCAGGUGAUGAUGGCAACAAACGUCUCAAGGCAUUACCUGGCGACCAUGAUCUGUUUUCUUCGGGAGAAGCCUUGAGGCGUGGACUCCUGCCGGGCUUGGGAACAAUGAUGCAGGACCGCGUGGACUGGCUGAGUCCCGAGCGUCGGGAAGACUACGCCGAGUGGAAGGCAGAUAUUCUGACUCGGAUCGAACAGGCGGAGGCAGCUGCUCGUGGAUAA